UAAAUGACAUGAAAGCAACAUUACAGCACGGUGCACGUCACUAAGGGGGGCAGCACAUAGCCUGCAGCCAAGUGGACAGCAAUGGCACCGAUAAGACCAAACACGAAACGCAUCGAAUUUGCGGAAGUGAGCGGGCGGGUGGGGCCUCGACAGUAAUGUGACCACAGUCGCCUUUAGGAUUGCGUGAAACGAAGCGUUAUGUAUGACCCUACAAAGACCCGUGGAGAUUUUUAAGGCCGGACGCGAAAUGAGACGAGGACGUGCGCAAUGUUGAAGGAGCGACUGAAAUAGAGUUUAUAUGCACUAAAUGUCUGGCGCUGAGUGAGGGGGCUAAGAAACACCAGGAGGAUUUACCAUCAUCAUCACACAAGCGAGAUCUCAUGACUGGAGCAAUGUGAAACGCUGAUAUCGCUCAUUCCUUCAGUAUAUUGAGGAAUAAUAAUGAACAACGCGCAAGAUAUGUCUCCCGAUUUUGUCUUGAUGCGCCUGGUCUCCGCGGCCGAGGAUGACCGCUUGGACGAGGAGAAUGGGAAUCUGUCGUCGGGCACUGGACUGACGGUGGCUAUCAAGGGGAACUUUGAAUGCACGCAGAAUCACGGCCACAUCUCGGCGGUGAACAAAGCUCCGCUGGCCAGCGGAACGGAGGCACCUGACGCGGGAGUGAUGGCGACUAGACCUGCGCUGUCUGUGCCGCCUCCUCCUCUUCAUUCAGCCGAGGCCCACGGGUACGAUCUCACCCACCGAGGUGGAAUGGGGCCUCAGCUGUUGGUAUUCAGAAACAUAUCGAGAGACUCUGAAGGGUUUGCCGAGAACAACUCGGAGGAUCAUCGCAGAGCUUUUGAGGACCAAGCGGUACUCGCUUCCGAGCCUGGCGCUGUGGACGCUCAACAUCCGCCUACAUGGACGCUGCAUCCACAGCUCAAGCUGCCUGCGGUUGCUACGGAUACGGAUGGAGCCGAGUUGUGCCACCGGCAUCGCUUGAUCACAGACAAACAAGACUGGCCUUCGGUGGUGGAUCACAAAACGAGCUCGAUGACAGAGCCGGGCUGGAGCUGCACGACGGCGCAGCGGCAGCUCCAGCUGCCCGACGGUCCAGUGCUGGAGCUGGCGAGGAAAUUCGGCGAGCUGGGAGUCGCUCCGGUACCCGAGUUUCUGCUCAAGGAUGGCGAGCUGCAGCAUUGCUCGUGUCAAAGCGUGCUCGGCUCGGCUGGAAUCAGACAGGGAGAGGACCCGACCGAGACCAGUGAUGCGCUGCUGGUGCUGGAGGGCCUCGGGUCAGAAGAGGUGAACGGCCUGGGCAUCAAUGCCUGUCAGAAGGCCGAGUCUCAGAACGCUGAGCCGGGUGCGUUUGCUCUCAAGUGUUUCCCGUCGGUGCUGUCCGGACAAGCUAUGGGGGUGUCCGGGAGACUUUGCUCGCCGGCGUGUUGUUUGUUACGAGACUCGGUAAACAUCAGGCCUCAGGCUCCUACCAGCGACAAACUAACUCCCGAGGUCCUGUCCCAAGCCGAACCCAGCCAGAACACCCCGUGCUCUAGCCAGGCGUCCACACCGAAGGCCCAGCCGGACAGGAGCACGACCCGGGCGCAUCUUUCCGCUGCGAGCGGAGGAGAGAAGACUCUGAAAGUACCAGGGAAAUCCAGGAAGGGCUCGCUUAAAAUCCGCCUGAGUAAACUUUUCAGAACUAAAAGCUGUAGUGGCUCAAACAACAUUUUGGACAAGAGACCUUCAGUAACAUUCUCCAUAUCCUCAGCGGGCAGUUUAGUUGACAUGUCUGGAGCGAGCGGUGGGGAACAAGACACGGCCAGCCAACCUGGACUAACAAGGGCACAGAGUGCCUUUUCUGCAGCCUCUUUUACUCCCGUUUUUACAGGAGAGACUGUGUCCUUGGUUGAUGUGGACAUCUCUCAGAGAGGCAGGAACUCCCCUCACCCUCCCACUCCUCCACCUCCCCCUCGGCGGAGCCUCAGUCUGCUAGACGAUAUAGGUGGGCCGCAGCCUGGGCCUUUCCUAGUGAGUGUAAUGGGGGCCUCCCUGCAGUCUCUCCCUCUGCCUCUUCCUCCUCCUCCCCCUCUCCACGCUACCAUCCAGCAUAGUCUCAGCCUCAAUGAUGCUUUCUUCCGGGCACUUCCACAUUCGGCUCCAUCACCAAUGGAGACUCCGGCCCCUGCUAGAGUGGCCCCGCCCUCAAUCAUGUGUCCACUGAGAGGAGCCGAUUCCAGCAGCUUCACUGCCAGCUUGAGAGAGCUGGAGCGGUGUGGCUGGUAUUGGGGGCCGAUGAACUGGGAGGAUGCUGAAAUGAAGCUGAGAGGAAAGCCAGACGGCUCGUUUUUGGUGCGGGACAGCUCAGACCCACGAUACAUCCUCAGCCUCAGCUUUCGCUCACAGGGAGUCACACACCACACACGUAUGGAGCACUACAGAGGAAUUCUGUGUGUGCAUAAUAGAUGGAACAGCGCAUGGACACUUCCUGGUGCACAGCUCUGCUCCAACUCCCUGCCAGUCUUCCAGCAGAAGCCAAUGAACAUCAGUCGACUGGCCCCUCCUCUUUGA